GCGGGAGCAGGGCCUCUCGGCUGGAGCCCGUCCCCGCCCCGGUCCGCCCUCUAGUUUCCGGGGAACUUGGAUUACCGAGGCCGGCCAGCCGGUACCGUGAUUGGGGCAGGGCCCGGGCGUGCCGUGGAGCGCACAUUGGUGCUGGAAGCCACGUCCGGGGCGUAGGACUAAGCGGAGCUGCGCGUCGGAGGAGCACAUCGCGUCUCCUCCCGGCUACCUGAAAAACCUGUUCUUCCGGGAAAGGGCGGCUGCCAUCUCUGGGAUUUCAGAGGUGCUCGGAGACCACCCGGGCAUCUUGCAAGUCGCUCUCGGUUUGCGCCUCAGUGGCGCGAGAGGAUUCUGAGCGGCGCACUCUCCUCUCCUCUUCGGCUUAGGCGUGGACAGCAAAGGACUCUUCCCUGGGGUUCCACUUUCUCUUUCUUCGGGAGAGGGGUCGGGGGACGGGAACUUGUCACUCAUAACUCUGUGGAGUUUUCGCACCCCUCGCCGUGUUUGUCUCGAAGGGCUCGCUGGUUGGCACUAAUCUGCAGGAGUCCUCUGCUUUUCGAUUUCUUUAAUUUGGGGACAGUUCCCGCCAAAGACAUUCGACGCACCUUUCCCUGUUUUGGCGGGCGGGCUGGCGUCCCGGGUCGCCGGAGCCUGCGGGAACCCUGCCCUUAUAAGCUGCCUCUCGAAUCUCUCUUCGUUUAGCCUGACUCCUUCUGGCUACUGUUCUCGAGGGGACGGUGCAGACGUGGCUCCCUUUUGCCCUGUUCAUCUUUUGAGGGAGUGCGUGCUAGACAGGGGGCAUUGGCCUCCUAGGAGCUACUUGUGUGGUGGAAGUAGGCGCGAGGACAGCCCCGGGGUCGUCGGCCAUGGCCUUUACUUUCGCUGCCUUCUGCUACAUGCUUUCCCUGGUGCUGUGCGCUGCGCUCAUCUUCUUCGCCAUCUGGCACAUAAUUGCCUUUGAUGAGUUAAGGACGGAUUUUAAGAGCCCCAUAGACCAGUGCGACCCUGUUCACGCAAGGGAACGGCUGAGAAACAUCGAGCGCAUCUGCUUCCUUCUGCGAAAGGUCAGUGCAAGAGCUGCAUGGUGGAGGAUGGAGAAGCCCAUGCUGGUGCUGCCAGAAUACUCCAUCCACAGCCUCUUCUGCAUCAUGUUCCUGUGCGCUCAGGAGUGGCUCACCCUAGGGCUGAAUGUUCCUCUGCUUUUCUAUCACUUCUGGAGGUAUUUCCACUGCCCGGCAGACAGUUCAGAACUAGCCUACGACCCGCCAGUGGUCAUGAACGCAGACACCUUGAGUUACUGUCAGAAGGAGGCCUGGUGUAAGCUAGCCUUCUAUCUCCUCUCCUUCUUCUACUACCUUUACUGCAUGAUCUACACUUUAGUGAGCUCUUAACUCAAAGACCCUGCACACUUCAUCAGAGUCUGGGACGGGAGAAGACCACUUGUGCUGGAGAUUGGAGGAGGGACCCAGAGUGGGGAUGUGUGAGAACGAGCCCCAGCAGGCAGCGGGACUGAAUCGGAAUGGAAAUCAUGCAGCCAGCGGGCUGAAUUAGCUAUGCGCUGAUUUUGCCACUGCCUUGUGUAUUGUAGCCUUUGGCGUCCCAAAUCCCACUCACGGUUGUCUCUCCCUUCUGAGCAUCGGGGGCAGGGGACUGGGCGACAAAAACUAACCCUCUCCUGAGAGAUGAUUACUGGAUCCCCUUCACAAGCAGCGACCUGUAAAUUCGCACUGAGUUUCCAGAUUGUGGGAGUAGAGGCAAGAAGGCUGGAGGGUGCCUGCUAAGCAAAUGAAUGGCCCAUCAAAGGCCUGGUGACGUCGCGGGCUACCCAAGACUCGUGUGUUUUCUCCAAGCUGUGGCCAUGCUCAUCACCGUGAAUAGGAAGGACUGGAAGGUGUGCAGGAUUUGCCUUCAGCUGCAGCUAGCCCUGCGUUUAUUUUCAUGCACUGCUUCAUGAGAGUCAGGCUUAGUGACAUCGUGAACUGGGUUUGGGACAGUAUGUUGAUAAUGAGUUAUGUCCAAACUCACAGGGAUAAGUUGGGGAGGGAGGAUUGUAGGAAAAAAUUUUUUUUUCUUUAAAAAAAAUGUUUGUAACAUGCCCACAGUGUUAGUUUAGCACUUCAAGUGUGUAUUCUUCUGUUGCUAUCCAAAACCAUCGUAGUCAUUUAAUGCAAAUCAGCUGAUCGACGCCAGUCAAAACUACCUUCUUUUAAAGAUCCCAAAACAGUUCCGAGCCCAGAAAAUCCUGUGGAGUGGUUGUUUUCUACUGUGGGCAUCUGGCAGCCAGGAAGUGAGACAACAUAAUUAUAACUUCAUUUUAUGAUGCUGCAUCAUUUCUGCUGUUUAGUUCAAUGUGAGGACGUUUGCUUAUUUAGAAUUUUCCAUUUGAUAUUCUCUCCUUUUUGGGUGGAAGUUGUGCUGGAGGUUGUAAAUAAUGACAAAGCUAAGAUUGUAUUAUGUUUAAAUUGGGCACAAUGAUUUUGACCUUAUUCCCCAAACUUCCCUUCUUCCCCAAACUUCCCUUCUUCCCUACAGUUUGACACACACAGGCUAUUGAUAUAUGUACCAAGCUCCCGUCUGAAACCUGUGACUCAGGUUUAUGAAUGGUGUUUGUGAAACAUGUCGUGUGCUCUGUUUAAAACGCAGAGACAACUCGAGUGUCUCACCUAACUAACUGUCUCAUCACGCCCCAUUACAGAUUGGAUUUGUCUCCAUAUGGUUGGUAAACUGGUAGGUAGAAAAAGCAGAGUUUCUAAAAGGCAUUUAGCUUCUAAAAAUUCUACAGAAAACAAAAUGCAGAUUUGUGCUCUGAGGCUGAUGGCGUAAAAACAGCAAAGUGGAGACAAUAUUUAGGGGAGAAGGCUUCUCCUCGGCCGAUGCCCAUUCUCCUGACUAGGUCGCUAAUGUUGGGGGUGGGUAGUGACCCUCAGAGCUUAUCCCUGUCUUUGGCUUCAUUCCCAAGAGGGCUGGUUACGUCCAGCCGGAGAAGCAAGCCCUGGGUUCCUGGCAGCAUACAGCACAUCUAACCCCACAGCCCUCUUGCAAAUGCAACAGAAUGGAGAGGGUAAAUGGUCCAUGCCACGUCUCAAAUGAAGCUGUUAAGUUUGUUUUUAUGCUUUGCUUUAUUUCAAAAAGAUUUGGAGUAUCUUAAAAUAACAAACCUGAGUACAUGGAAAUAGAAAUCUGAACUCUCACAAAGGGGAAAUACCCAGAUACCGAAUCCCUGAGCUACUCUGGUUACCAUGGUUGAGCAUUAAAUUUGAUACUGUUUUUAUUAGUAGGAAAUAAUAACCAUUCACAUUUACAUAUAGCUUUGCAUUUUAAAGAUUGCAGUCAUAUACAUUCUUCUUGUUUGAUUCUCCUCACAAUCUUUUGAAGUUGAUACUGUUAUUUUUCCCAUUCUGUGAAUUAGGCAGUGCAGUUCAGAGAGGCUAAGUGACUUGCCCAUAGUCACACAGCAGUAGUAGACCUGCCUUUGGACCCAGGUCUUCUGACUUUAAAACCCUAUGUCUUUUCCAUCAUACCUGAAAGCUAGCAAAGUAUGUUAGGUCCCUGUUAAAUUGUACUUGUAGCAUUAACUUUCUGAGAAAAAGAGAGGAUUUUAAAACUAGAGCUUUAAAAGAAAUGAUUGGGUGGCCUGGUUUUCUUUCCCUUCAUGUGCUAGCCCUCAGACUUGCUUUACUGUGGGAGGUUCUUCUCUAAGGUGGUCCUUUAAAAGCUUUAAAAGCUGGAAGUGCCUCUUAGGUAGCUCUUAUCUUUAUGAAAGAGAAAUCAUCCACUUAUUUUCCUCCCACAAUUUGUGACUGGGAAAUAAUUCUAGUAGGUCUGCUGGCAGUUCAACCAAUUUUCAACUCCUGGGAGAAGAUAAUCAUUAUGAUAAAAAUGAGAGUAAUGGCCACAGUUUAUGGAGCAUGUGCUGUGUUAAGUGCUUUACACCUGUGAUCUCCCCAACCUCACGAUGAUCUUACAAAGCAGUCAGAUAGUCUUAUCUCCACUUUACUGAUGAGGAAACCUGGGAGACUCACAGAAGGUGAGACUUCUCUAGGUGGUCUGGUCCCAGUAUAAGGGCUCAGUACAAUAAGACAUUGUUUUACACAAAUGCAACAUGCGAAAUUCAGUUAUACGUGAUUGGCAAUCAAUCAAUCAAUAAAGGCAGAGAGAAUUUAAAAUUUUUUAAAUUAUUUCUAUGAUUAAUUUUGUUUAUUUAUUGUUCCUAGAGCAUUUAUUUGCCUUAUUUAUAAAAAUAUUUGAUAGUUAUCCUCAUGUAAGAAAUACUUAUUAAAUAAUGGGGUUCAUUAUUAUGUGCUAUUUUCAACUUAUGCCAAGGGUCUUGGAACAUAAUGGUCACCUAAAAUGAGGUCCUGCUGUACUACCAAUGUGACCAAAUUCUAUACACUUCAUGUACUUUUUUUUGAUCCUCUUAAUAACACCAUGAGUUAGAUAUUAUCUCUGUUCUGUAGAUGAGGAAACCCUGAGAAGGUGAGUCUCUUGCAGAGAUCCACCAUUAGUAAGGGUAUGUACAGCAGCAGCUGGGCUUUAAACCCAGGGCUGCCUCUUUUCACAUGAUUUUGCCAGCUUCAAUUUCUUUGUCUCUCAUUGUUUAACCUGGAGAAAUCACCCAAGGGAAGAAGGAGGGUGAAGCAGGAGAAACGGCACCUGGAUAAAUCGCAAAGUGAAUAUUACCCUUGCGCCAUAGAAUGCUCGCCCUGCCAAGUAUGGGUGUGAGAUUCUCAGGGGACACAGGUAUCAUCUGGAGGUGGUAUUGGUGAAUUGGUCUCAUUCUCUUAGGCACAACCAUAGGCCUUGUGUGUGGCGUGGUUGUGCCCAAAGAGUCAGAGUGUGACUCGGGGCAGUUACUUAAGCUGACUUUCACUUUACUAAAGCAAGGAGAAUAAUAGCACCCACUUUACAGGCUUGUUAUGAAGAUUGAGUGAGUUCGUAUUUGCAAAGAACUUAGAACAGAGUCCUGCACCUGAUGAGCACUCUGCAGCCGUAGUGGGGUGAGUCUUCCCACGCCAUCCUUACUCGGCCUUGUAAGGUCACUUGGAAAGAGGGAAAGCCACUGGCCACGUGGAAGGGAGUGCAGAUUCCCGAAUGCAGCUGUCCUCCAGAGGCCUCUUUCCAUUCUAUAAUCUCCUAUGUGGAGGUCCUGGCACCUCAUUUCAAUGCCACAUUUUCUAGCCAAUAAUGGUAACAAUUGCUGUUGAAUACUUACACAGUCUGGGCAUUGCAAAGAACUUGACCUGCAUUGUUUCAUUUAACCCUCACAAUGAUCUGAUGAAGUAGGAACUAUUGCUGUCCCUAAUUUAUAGUUGAAAAUACUAAAUCUUAUAGUGGGUAAGCAAAUAAGCCAAGGCCAAAAUUGCUAGUAAAUAAUGGAACCUAGACUUGAACCCAAGUCUUUUUGACUCCAGGGCCUUAACCAUGUUUGCAUCCUUAAAAGGUUGACACAGUAUAGGGAGGGUAUGGUGGCUUGAACUGUGUACCUCAGUUUGGGCCCACAUUCUGGCGGGUGUGGACCCACUGCAAAUAAGAUCUCUUCAAGUUGUUACAUUGGUUAAGGUGUGACCCAACUGAAUCAUGUUGGGUUUAAUAUGGAUUAUUGGAGUUCUUUAUUGGCAGAGUGCAAGUCAGAUGGGACAGAGAUGCCAUUGGGAUCAGCCAGAAGCUGGAAGUCAACAGAACCUGGAAGAGAAAGGAGAAGACACCUCCAUGUGUAUUUCUACCUGAUGGAAAAGCCAAGGAACCCCAGAGAUUGCCAGCCAGCCAGAAGAUACCGACACCCUGGGAGGAAGCAAGCCUUCUAGCCUCUGUAACCAUGAGCCAAUAAAUUCCUGUUGUUAAGCCAACCCGUUGUAUGGUAUUUAUUUUAGCAGCUAGGAGACAAAAACAGAUGGGGCAU